CUGUUUGACAGUUCGUGACAGUGCCCGUUUGACAGAUUGGGUCGGAUCUCGCAAAAAGAGUAUAUACAGUGUCGAUGAAUUGAAUAUAUAGGUAGCCGCAAAUGUAAAUUUUUCCAUUGAAAAUGAUGUUGAAUGUGACGCGACAGAUAAUUUCAGGUUCAAAUCACCUAACUACAACCGGACUGAAUCUUCAAUUCGGUGCUUUAACACAAGUUCGAUACAAAAGUAAACGGUAUGUGCCACGGCCAACAAAAGUCGAUAUCGUUAAAUUCGAAGCAUCAGCACAGUCGCUCAAAGCGAAAGGAUAUCAUCGAGCACAAGACCCAUACACACCACCAAAAAACGUUCCACAAAUCGUUGAUAAACUCAAAACUACGGCCGGCCUGCAGACUGGAUUCAGUGGAAAAAAGUUCAGCAUUGAAGAUAAAUUCAAUUUUCUAACGGUUUGCGCUGGUGAAUUCAAUCAUACCGUGCCCAAUUCAGUGCUGCAUGAAAUCGAAACAAUAAAUGAUGUCGUUGAUUUUUAUCAGACGCCAAUCAACACAUUUUUGCCAUUGGAUGAACUGUUGACACGUGAACUGCCACCAAAUCUACACAUUGAACAGAAGUACACACGAUUCAAUCCAGAUACAGACACCAUGUUCGGUGGUAAAACUGCCUUCCCAGGCAGCUCAACCAUUGUCACCGGCAUCAAAUAUCGAAAGAAAUACCCCGGUUUUAAGGCUGAAACAAAAUUGGGCAUCGACGAAGAUCCAGAAUAAUUGUAUAUAAAACAAAAUGCGCGGUUGUUUCCGUUAAAACCAAUAAAUAAACUAGAACAUUUCAAUUUUAAUUACAAGAAA